UCGUGCAUUAGACGCAGCUUCGACUCAACUACCUUUAUUUCCAGUGUCGACCAGGAAGCGAACAGGUGACAUACACCUGUUCAGAGCAAACGUUUGUUCAUGAACAGUAUUUGAGAAGAAGUCUUUGCGUGAUUAAUACGGAUAUCACUUUCUGUCUUUACUUGGCUAAUCACAUGGGACCUAUUUUAUUUUUUGCAAAGCUGCUUUUCAGCAUGGAUUGGCAACCUUUCUUACCUCGGCUUUAAGUUUGCUGAAGGCGGAUUACGUUCCACGUUUUCAGAAGCCUUCGUCCCUACGCAGGUACAAGUGUCCUAUUACGAACGGGCCUUUGAGAGUGAUAUGGGGAAUCAGGUGGAGAAACUGACUCAUUUAAGUUACAACGAGGUCCCUACGGCGGACCCUAAUGGGUUUGACCCAGAGGAUGAUGGUCCACGGAUCGGGGUAUCCUAUAUAUUUUCAGCUGAUGAUGACGAGCAAGAGGAGCAAAUUGAUGGGCCAGAGGGAGAUUCGAACGAGGAAGAGAAACAACAGUAUGACACGCAUGACGAAUUAGAAUGUGCAGUGUAUUACCGAGAUGAAUGUGUGUACGAGAGAAGUGCAAAGUUCAUUGAAAUGGGAACAUAUUCGGCCGAGAAUUUGUUGAAUAAUUGUAAGCCAGGCGACAUAGUGGAGUUUGUUGCAGUUGGCCAGUACCCACAAUGGGCCGUUUUUGUUGGAGAUUUCCAAGUGGUUCAUUUGCACAGGGCUGAAAUCAAAAACAGCUUUCUAACUGACGCAUGUCAAGGCAAAAGAGGCAGAAUUGUAAACGAUCUGUUUAAAUAUCAUUCGCUUAGCCCCGAUAUUGUGGUGCAGAAUGCAAUGGAGCAAGUCGGAGCAAAAGACCAAGACCUUUGUUGGAGAAACUCUGAAUGUUUUGCUGCGUGGUGUAAGUAUGGCAAGCGUGAAUUCAAAAUUGGUGGCGAGAUCCGGAUCGGAAAACAGCCAUACAGGAUGAAAAUUAAACUCUCCGAAAAGAAAAGCCACGUGUUGGAAUUUCAGAGUUUAGAGGAUUUAAUCAUGGAAAAGAGGAGAAACGACCAAAUUGGGAAAAACGCUGUCAUUCAAGAGCUGGCGAAUCACCUGAAUUGCGUUGAUGAAAUCAAAGAUGAAAAGAACUGUAAUUGAUGGUGAUCGUUAUUGGUGUGUCAGGGAGCCCGUAAUGGGCUUAAAGAAAACUCUUCAGAGCAAGUUGUCAAACAAUUAUAUUGCUGAUGAUUCUGUAUUAAACAAUUGCUCCGACUAUUUACCAAAUGCAGUUAGGUAAAGGUUAUAUGACUGCCUAUUGUUUAUCUAUGGGUCUGACGGAGGCAUUUUGUGUAACAU